CAUUAUUAAACAUGACCAUGUCUAAUCGAUUUGGGGAGCAGUACACACAGGUUGUAAGCAGCCCACAUAAAGCUAAACUUAGUGUUGAACUUGUUGCUGAUGCUGCAUGCUACCGAGCCAUCAAGGCCUACAACGCACACUGUGAACGUGAGGGCAAGCCCGUUGAACACACCAAAGCCAAGGAACUCCUUGGUGGUUUCGCUGGUGAUGCUCUUGACAGCAUUGUUGAGACCAAGGAUUUGGACGUCAUUGACAAGCGAAAGGUCAGGCAAUACGCUGAAGAGGUACUUAACGAUGAAUACGACCAAUAUUAUGAGUUGUAUUGAUUGCUUUUUAUAUUGUGUGUACGUUUCGUAUUUUCC